AUGAAUUCCUCCACACAUUUAUCCUUAUUGUUCACCAUUUUAUUGAUCUUUAUUCCUCAUGUCAUUUCACAAACAUCAACUCCAAAAUUGUAUGAAGUUGUAUGCAAAGAUGCUGGCGAAAACGACGACGUACAACGUUGCUUGAAUCUUUUUGAAGACAACCGACAAAUAACUUUAGCCAAAGACUAUAUUACCCUUUGCAAAUUAUUCUUAGAAAUGGCAAUAGAUAAGUCCACAAAAGCUCAAAAUUAUCUCAAAAGUUUGUUGAACAAAUACCCUUUAUCUGAUGCCAUUAAAGAAUGUGCAACUAAUGAUUACAAUUUGUUGGUUUAUUCGUUUAAAGGUUCGUUGGGUGAGUUAGUUACAGAUCCUCAAAUUGCAAACUAUGAUGCUAAAGUUGCUGGCGAUGGACCUGACACAUGCCAACGUCUCUUGGAUAGUGAAAAGAUAGAUAUUAGUUCUUCUAUUUCUACAUUGAAUAAUGAAAUGAAAUUUCUUAGUUUUGUUGCAUAUUUAGCCACAAACCAUCUUCCACAAUGA